AGCAAUUUUCCCUUAGAGCAGCGUUCUCCUUUGUAGAACACACGGUUUCUUGGCUCUCAAGUGGGGCAUGCAUGGUUUCCUUGAUUCUCAAGCUUACUUCUUCUCCCCUUGGCGAGCCUCCCAGCUCUUUCGCCCUUGGUUAAUUGCCGCGGCGGCGCACCCAAACCACCUGGCUUCCUGUUCUUGCCGGAUCGGAUUCAUAUACGUAUAGGACUGUGUAUAUGCCAUAUCACCUAACCGAUCGACCCCUGAGGGCAACGAUCCUUCUACCCAAGAGCAAUAUGAUUUACACGGCCAUGUCGACCGAGUCGGAGCAAUGCCAUGGCGGAGGAGGCGGAACCGACGACGACAGCCUGCCCGAGGACCAGAUGUUCGAGCUGCUCACCCGCGUCUCCCUCGACGACCUCGCCGCGUGCCGCCAGGUUUCCGCCCAGUGGCGCCGGCUCACGUACGAGCCGGCGUUCGGGCCGCAGCACUGCCGCUGCCGCGCCGACGCCGUCGUCUCGGGCUACUUCGUCCAGGGCAUGGCCCGCAACCGCUACUCCGCCACAUUUGUCUCCAUGACGCGCCCCUCCUCCUCCUCCCCACCCGUUCCGCCAGUCUCGCUCGACUUCCUGCCCUGCGCGCACGUCCGCGUCGAGGCCGUCUCCGCGCACCGCGGCCUCGCGUGCUGCGUCGACGCCGACGCGCGCGUGGGUGGCAAGGCGUCCUCCGCGCGGUGCUACUACGCGUGCAAGCCCGCCACCAGGCAGUGGCUGGCGCUGCCCAACCCGAGGCUGCGCUUCCCCACGGCGGCCACCGCGAUGGUGGCGCGCCCGGCCGGCGCAGGCGCCGCGGCGGACUUCAAGAUCCUCCGGCUCUCGGUCGCCACGCUGCGGGACCGCCUGCGCUGCGAGAUCUUCGACUCGCGGAGGGGCGCGUGGCGGCGGUCCGCGGAGGUGAUGCUGUGGCCGGAGUCGCUCGUGGCCGCCGGCCCGGCGACGAGGGUCCACGGCGCCAUGCACUGGCUCCGGUGGCCAGACAGUCUCACGGGCGCCAGCGACAUCUUUGCUUUCGACAUGAAGAGCGAGACGUGGAGACUCAUCGGCCUCCCGCCGGAGGUGGGGGAGGACAGAGGGGAGAGGUGGGCGACCAAGAAGCUGAUGACGGUGGAAGGGAAGCUGUGCCUGGCAGUGAUCGAGGACGAGGAGGCUGCGGUGUGGGUGAUAGAUGGCUACGGCAGGCAGCAGGAGAGGUGGGAGAAGAAGAUGGCGGUGAGCUUGAAGGGACUCGCGGUGAACCAAGGGAGAGACCUCGUACUCAGAGAUCUCUGCUCCUCCGAGGUCGCCUUCUUCAACAGUGUAUACAGAGUGAUCUGGUACGAUUUUUGGAAGGGCAAGGUAGUAGAAGUCCCGGUGCAUCACAAAUGCAUACAUGAAGUUUUCAAGUACGAGUCAGAUCUGGACCCUUGGGACAUUGACGAAAACAAAAUCUAGACUGGGAUAGAUACACACUGCUGAGAUAUGCAUUUUGGAAGCUCACAUUUUCCAGAACUGCCAGUGUCGUCUAUUCUCACUAUCCCGGUCGAGCCUUUAGUUUUCGUGAGAGAAGUCAGCACGAGUCUUGAUGAUGUCGACAAAUUCAAUUAGUUUCAUUUUGUUGUUAUCACCGUUUUAGAAUUUAGAUUAAUUAUUGCAUUUUUCAUUUGGGAGACAAUACCGGCCGGAAUGAUCAUUUAUUGUACAUGCCCGGUAUGACCCUAUUUCACUAUCUUCCGUUGAUAUUCGCAAAAUAUGACAUCACAUGGUCUUAUUUCGUGAUGAUUUUUUCCUUUAGACGCAACAUUUACCUGAAAAGUAAUGA